AUGACCUCUGUUUUACAGCGUCAAAACGAGGCGUCGAAUGGGACGUAUACGUUUUCCAGCCGUCCCCGACCUGUUCAAAACCGCCCCAGUUACAGGGAACCCGCGGCGGUGCAAAAUGAAAGUCAUUAUGGCAACAUCAUGUAUGACCGACGCGUGGUCAGGGGGAACACAUACGCCCAACACACUCUACCGGUUACAGCUCAGCCUGACCAUGCUGAAAUGCAGAGACAGCAGCAGGCCCGGAGACGAGCUCUGGCCCUGAAGCGCGCCAAGGAACAGCUUCCCCCCAUGACGCCGGAAGCCGUAGAGGGCAGAAAACACAGAGAAAUGCAAACUGAGAUGUAUCUAGAGGACCUGAGUGAUCUUCCGGAGGAAUCCAGUGUGGAAUGUCAGACUGAUGCCUUCCUGGACAAACCAGCCUCCCCCCUUUUCAUUCCCGCCAAGUCAGGACGGGAUGUGGCCACACAGAUAGAGGAAGGAGAGCUCUUCGACUUUGACAUGGAGGUGCGUCCUGUUCUGGAGGUGCUCGUGGGGAAGACGAUGGAACAGGCACUGCUGGAGGUUCUGGAGGAGGAGGAGCUGGCCAGUCUACGGGCGCAGCAGCGUGCUUUUCAGGAGCUCCGCAAUGCAGAGCUGGCAGAGGUGCAGAGACUGGAGGAGCAGGAGAGACGUCACCGUGAGGAGAAGGAACGUCGAAUUAAGCAGCAGAGGGAGGUCCUUCAGCAGGAGAAAGAGACGGUGGAGAAGAUUGCUGCGCGGGCGUUUGCACAGCAGUACCUGUCUGGCCUGCUACCCACUGUCUACAGCACCCUGAAGGACCAAGGCUACUUCUACGACCCUGUAGACAGAGAUAUAGAGACUGAAUUCCUUCCCUGGCUAAUGGAAGAAGUCAGCAGCUCUUUCCAGAAGCGCUAUGUGGCCAGAACUGUGCUAGACAUGCUGAUCCGUGACGUCGUCAGCCACAGACUGGACAACCUCCAUCAGACUUCCUCCUCCUCACAGUGA